GUCACGUUUGCAUUCAAUUCACAAAUGACGCAGUAACGGGUCCGGGAUGAUCUCACGUACGCACCAUCCACGCACCGUCCACGUACCCUCCAUCCGUCCAUCCGCAGGUUCGCAAGUUGUGCAUGGGUGUACCAUGGAAUAUACACGCAGCCACGGCGCCGAAAAUAAAGCUAGCUAGAUAGAGUGCUUUCACGGCCUUAACUGCCGGUAGUAAUUAACCCCUCGCCCAACCACGCCAGCCAGCCAGCCAGACAGAUGGGCAGGCAGGCAGGCAGGCAGGCAAGCAAGAAAUGUACACAGGCACGAUACACACGAGAAAAAACACUCCAGUGCGUCGGCGAGCACUUUGACGAGAUAGCCCGCGUCCGUCCGUCCCGUCCCGUCCGCCCCGUCCGCCCAUCCAUUCAAUGUGUCUGUCCUUGAUGCAAACACACGUGUAGGCGUGCAUAUGUGUAUGCAUGCCACGUACGUGUCCUUCACGCAUCUACUAGAUGCUAGGGUGUGUUGUCGGUCGGUCUAUCACCAGUUGCUGUAGGACGUCUGCCCACCAGCCACCUGUUGGGUGUAGCCGUACCCGCUGGCGUCCCCCGCUCCCCUAUAGCUGUUCCUCCGGCCGCGCCUGAAGUAGGCUGAAGCUGGCUGGUAGCGCUGCGCCUGGCUGUAGUAGCUGCCGCCGUACCCAUACCCGCCCCCAUAGGAACCGCCAUACGAACCGCCAUAGCCUGCACUCAUCCAUCCAUCCAUCGAUACACACACAUCCAUGCAUAUACACCGUCCCUCUCGCCCAGCUGGCUGGCUGGCUGGCUGGCUGGGUGGGUGGCUGGGUGGGAUGACACACAUUACUCACUGCUUGCACGGCGGCCCGCAGCGCGACGGUUGCUGCGGUUGACGUAGGUCUGCUUGCCCGCACCGUAGUACCCGCCCUGCUGCUGCUGCUGCUGCCCAUACUGCUGCUGCUGCUGGCCACCGCCGUAGUACUGCUUCGCGACGGACGACCCAGAGGGCAGCGGCACACGGCUGCCAAACGCCUGUGGGAGCGGGUUGGGAGCACGGCCGAGAUUGGCCUUGAUCUGGAAACCCUUGCCGCGCCCGCCCGCCUGGCCCUUGCGCGCCACCACCGCACGGUUGCCGCGGGCGGCCGCCUUGGGCCUGGCGGCCUGCUGCUGCUUCUUGCCAGCCGACACGCCCUGGCGACGGAGGGAGGUGUUGAAACGACCAACCUGCGUACACACACAUACACACGACCACGCACAACAGACAUAAGGAAUCGGUUCAUAAAUGCAGGCCCCAUCCUGUCCUUUCUCGACUUGCCUGACGCUUCUGGAUGCCCCCCUGUCGACUAACACGCACGCCAGCGGUCCUCUUGACGCGCGACUUGGCCUGUGCCUUGGCCGCCCCUCCCGCCGCCGCCUUGGCCGCCGCUCCCUUGCCGCCCCCCGCCUUCUUGGCCUUGACCAUACGCUGCAGCCGAGUGGUCUUCUUGCCUGCGCCCGCCUUGGCCGACUGCUGCUGCUGCUGCUGCUGCUGUUGUUUGCGGCUGCCUGCAUGGACACCACCAGAGAGGGAAAGGAGAGCCGGUUGAGCAGGCGUGCCAGUCAGAGAUGAUGUGGCAUGGCAUGGCAUUAUGGAUCAUCAUUAGGGCGGGUGAAGGGAGAGGGAGGGGGGAAGUGGAUGAACGGAUGGUGGCUGACCGAGUCUCGCUCGGACGCCUCAAUCAUCGCUCGCUCCGCUACCACACCUCCGUGCCUCCCUCCCUCCCUCUCCUUUCUCACUCGUCCAUCCGUAUCUCCUCGCUUCACCCACGUCGCAGUGAUGUCGUAUGCGUACCGCCGCUGCGUGUCUUCUUGGGGUUCUCGCGACGCACACCACUUCCGGAACCACCCUUGGCACUCGACUUGCGGGCAGCCGAUUUGCCCUUGGCCUUGGCCUUGGUCUUGGUCUUGGCCUUAGCUUUGCCGCCCUUCCGCUCGCUCUUGAUGAGGUCGUCGAGGGAAAGCUCGAGCUUUUUCUCCACCUGGGCAGAGAGAACACAACACACAGCACAAGACACGUCAGAACUGACAAGGCGGCCAGCGGCAUGUGUCGUCUCUCACGUUCAUCUUCAUCUUGGGCUACGUAGCUGGCGCUUCUAGCAACAGGCUCGGCAACAGAAAGGCUCCUUCAAGCUGGAAGGCCCUCGCACCACAACAGAGGAGAGCGGAGUGCUGUUUCUGUCUCGCACUCUCCGACGGCUACCCAAGCGUCGAACGCUGUACUAAUCUCAGCGCCCUCAGGCCCUGAUGCGAUGUCCAGAG